AUGGCCAAGCGGGAGUACGUUUACGCUCGGCGGUGGUGGACCGAAAUGCAGUCUCCUAACUUGGCUAAGAUACAAUCAACGCCAACCAGGGACUCUUCCUCCGGCGGCCUAGCCUUGAUAGUCUCGCGCGCCGUAGGGCAGCCCUCGGAGGAGGUUCAGAAGCAGGACAGUUCCGCGCAGUCGGUCGAAAACUCUUGGUUUUCCUCAUCAGCUGCCGGAUCAACUGUCGUUUCUGUGAGUAAUUACGAGUCCAACAUGCUGAUAAGAUCGCACGGUCGUUUCGAUGAGGUCGGGCUGGAUUACUUCCUCACCUAUUCGGAUGAUCCGAAGCUUUCAGUUUCCCAAGACACAUUUACAAGGCGCAUAAAACAUCCCUCAAAGACGUGCUGGGUUCCGCAAUUUCAUCUAUUACGUUUAUUCUUUAUGGGUGAUCUCGUUCUUAUACUUAGUGGUCACGGCUACUGCAUCUAA